AUGGUCUCCUUCAACACUCUUUUCGUCGCUGCCACUCUGGCUAGCUCUGUCAUCGGUGCCCCGCUCAAGGGUGGUAACGGAGGCAAGCGUGGUAUGGCCUACAACGAUCCUCAGGCUGUUGCUGCUUUCAAGGGAACAGCUGCUUCCUCCUGGGCCUACAAUUGGGGCUCCAACUCCAAUAACAUCGGUAGUGGAAUCGACUACACCCCUAUGCUCUGGGGACAGAAAUUCUUCGGCGAUUGGGCCAAGUCCACCCCUUCGAUUCUCUCUACCGGUUGCAAAUACGUCCUCAGCUUCAAUGAGCCUGAUAUCCCAUCCCAGGCAAAUAUGGCUCCCCAAGAUGCCGUCCAGGCACACAAGGAAUACAUGAAACCCUUUGUUGGCAAGGCCUCGAUUGGCUCUCCUGCAGUUUCCAACGGUGGUGGCGAGAUGGGCCUCAGCUGGUUGACCAAGUUCCUUGACGGCUGCGCUGGACAAUGCAACAUCGACUUCCUCAACGUCCACUGGUACGACUCUGCUCAGAAUGUCCCAGCUUUCAAGAAACACAUCACCGAUUCCAUCAACUUGGCCCACAAAUACAACAUUGACAAGGUCUGGAUCACCGAAUUCCGCGGAGAUGGAGACGAGGGCUCUCAGGUUCAAUUCUUGCACCAGGUUCUUCCAUGGCUCGAUAGCAACCCUGGUGUUGCCCGUUACUCCUAUUUCAUGGCCGACGACCUCGUUCAGGGUGGCCAACUCACCCCUGUCGGCAAGGCCUACGCUUCUUAG